UAUGCAGUAUUCAGAGUGGAUAGCUACAUUCUCAGAGAAAUUCCCAAAUGUCGACAGUUAUGUCAAAUUUGAAGCUUUGAUGUCAUGUUUAGACGAAUCAGUAAGGACCCUAAUACAAGAAUAUGCUUCCCACCCAAGUGGAAGCUUUGAAUCAGCUUUAGAAAGAUUAGAUCGUCACUUUAAUAGAAUAGACAAAUAUGAGGAGAUGGUCAACAGAAUCCACGGCUAUGGGAAACUGGAUAUAGGUGCUGGUGACACCUUAGUAAAUCUCGCAGAAUAUAUGCAGAGUGUAAUAAAAUUGUUCAGUGCUGAACAAGUCCGACCAAUGGUUGCGGUAUCAGUGGGAAACUUUACGGAUUCUCUAAAGGAACUGUGGGUUAAAAGAACCAAAAGUAAAAUAGGUACAAAUGAAUAUGAACCAGAGAAAGAGUUAAUUCAAUUCUUAGAGUCUCAACAAAGCAAGCGUUUAUCUGCAAUAUUCUCUGAUCUCUAG